AUGUCACAGACGAGCAGCCGAGAACAUCAACAACAACAACAACAACAACAACAACAACAACAACAACAAAGACACAGCCAGUCAAGGACACGGACAAGAAGCAUAGGGGAAACAGAAACAGCAGCUGGCGCCAACGCAACCAAGAAGAAGAGAACAAAGUCUACUACCUCCACAAUCGCCAGCAGCAGCAGUCUCAAUAACAAUAGCGACGCCAUCGAGGGGACUUCACUCCUCGGCUCAGUGUGGAAUCUCUUUCGGGAUGUCAAAGAUCUCGCCUCAAAGGAAAUCGACAAGCUGCUCGAACACUUUCCCUACAAGAACACUACCAAAGUGAUUGUCACCACCAACCAGGACGAUCUACAGGAUCGGCUACUCUCUGCAAAGAAGCGCCAAGGAGUGUUGGUAGCAUCGCUCUCAACAACAUCUCUUCCUCGAAAGUCACUGCUCGGACAUGGUCCUUCUCAGAAACGCCGCGCAGACCUCAGGAAGCAGGUCAAUGAUGUUUCGUCCCGCAGGAUACCAGCAUCGACCGCAUCCGUCGUGUCGGGAGUGUCCACAGAGAGUCGCAGGGUGUUGUCGGUACGAUCCGGUUCAGCAUCGACAAUUUCGGAGACAGGAUCACGGAACACUACACGGCGGAAACAGCCUUUGGCCACACCUAGACCAACACCUACGCCCCCUCUGUUGAAGCGCGACUCGUCGAUCUCUGCAUCACUCUACCGGAGCACUCAGGAUACUGAAGCUGACUGGUCAUCCGCUGUUAGUCACCUGGACGAGGUCGAAUCUGAAUCUGGCGAGUCUAGGACCUAUGCUAGGAGCAGAGAGUCAAGCGCGACACCGCCUAUUACAACAAUGGCACGAGCAAUGUCUAUCUCGGGGCGCAAUCAGUCAUUACAGCGGUCUCGGCAAGGAGAGCAACCAGUCGGAUCCGAUAUUCGGAAAAAGAGUAUCAGUCAGUCAUCAAUACAACCAAGUCGGCACUCUUCCUCUCAAUCAGAGUCUGACUGUGUCAACGACGCACCAAAAAGUCAGCAACAACAACCACGGAAUCAACGUGACAAUGGCCCACAGACGGCCCUAUACCCCCAGUCUUCGACCAACAGUCCAAACAGGACACCUACUGAGAGCAGAGUUAAUACAAAAGUGGUUGACUCGCCACCCUCCGCUUUCACCGAUUCAAAGAAUAAUCCAUUCAUCGCCUCCUCAGGACGUAAUUCACCCACUCAAGAUACACGAACGCCGUCCCCUACUACGAACGUCGACAACGCCACACUCAGUGCACUGAUUGAACAAGUCAGCACCAUGAGAGAACAGGCAAGUUUGGCAUCAUUGAUGGCAGAAAAACAGGGUCAGUACAGAACACAUUCAGCGCCUACCUCCGUCAGCCCAGGAAUCCCACCACCACCACCUCCGCCACCACUAUUUCCAGGAACACCAUCGCCAAAGAUGCGGACUCCACCUGUCAAUGAAGCAACGCGUUCCAUGCAGAGAGUACUCAACGAGCUGAACUCUUCCAAAGUUCAUCUUCGAAAGACCGGGAGUCCAUUCCUCAGUCGGAUAUCAUCUGCGAUUGACAGCUCACCCAAUUCAAAAUUUUCCAGGGUUGUGUUCAAGUCACGUAUGGAUAUGGUGUCAGACAAGUACCCUGGCAGCAGUAUAACAGGGUCCACGGCCCCACUGUCAUUGGUCAACCAUUUGCGAGGUCCUAGCACCGGGACGAAUUUGGAAGAAUCGAUAUCGCAGCCGGUCGAAAAGCCCCCUGCGGAGACACCGGUGAAGCGGAGAGUUCAGCUCAUUUACCAGGAACCAGAGGAAGAAAAGGAGGAGGAGAGAGAGCUCAGCUGGCCUAGCCCUGGGACGGUCAGGCGCGCGGAUUCUCGAUUAGAGAUGGCAGCCAAGGAUCUCUCUCGGAAUAAGUCUGACAAGGAGCAGGCCGCGACCAUGUCUAGGAGCAGUGACGGGUUGACAACAAGAAGUACAGAUGAUCAGACAAGCAAAAAAGAGGGGCGACUGGACUCGACUACACCUACACCCAAGUCACAUCACCUCGUGGAAACCAAACGAAAGUGGGCGCCUCGCAUAAGCCAACCAUCGGAGACCGAACCCAGAGAGAUUGCUCAGACGAAGAGUAGCGUAAUCGCUGGUGCUGCUGAAUUGAGUUUGGGCAGAGGCGGGUCGCUGAUGGAUGGUGGUGGUGGUGUUUUCAGACGCGAACGCUCUGGUCCUCGGCUGGACGACAACAACAAGAGACCACGACCACCAUCUCGCCCUCGGAGUAUGGUUCUUUCUCGCUCGAUGACGGACCCUACGACCCUGCACUCUGCACCGACCAUGACGACUGCUGAGAAAGAAAAGGAGCGACAGUGGUUUAUGGAAUCGGACAUGGACAGCUGGAAGGUUGCCCAGUGA